CAAUUGUGAUGGAAAAAAUUCCACUUUAUUAAUAAAUACGUGCAUCCAAAAGCGAGAACAAAAAAAACAUAUUGCUUGCUAUUCAACUAUCAAUUAGAUUGUGUUAAAGUCGACAUUGGCAUCAGUUGGGAGCGUUUCAAUUAGUAAAAAUUAAUUUUAUCUCAACAAUAUUUGAGUUGAACAUAUAAGUUUUCUUGAAACGAGAAAACAAAAGAAAAUACUCAUAGAUAAAUAAAUUGUCAAACGUCUAGAUAAAGAAUUGUCGACGAAAAAGUUAACCAAAACGAAAACAAAGCAAAAUGGUAAAAUUAUUUGCGUUGAGUGUUUUCCACAAAGGAUCCAGCGAAGCCAGAUUGUUGAAAUCGGCCUAUGACUUACAGAGUUUUUCAUUUUUCCAACGUGGGUCCGUGCAAGAAUUCAUUGGAUUUGCAAGCAAAACAAUAGUGGAGCGCACACAAUUGGCAACACGUCAAUCGGUGAAACAAGAUGUUUACAUGUGUCAUGUGUACGUUCGUGGUGAUAGUUUAAGUGCGGUUUUGAUAGCCGAUCACGAGUAUCCACAACGAGUAGCUCACACAUUAAUCACAAAAGUGUUGGAUGAUUUUAGUGCAAAAAUUCCGGCAGAAUUGUGGCCGACCAGCUCCGAAUCGGGUAUUGAUUUUGGCACAUUACCAGCAUAUUUGGCCAAAUAUCAAGAUCCACGCGAAGGCGAUGCUCUAACUCGUAUUCAAGACGAUUUGGAUGAAACAAAAAUUAUUUUGAAAAAUACAAUCGAAGCGGUACUGGAUCGUGGCGAAAAAUUAGACGAUUUAGUGGAAAAAUCACAACAAUUAUCAUUUCAAAGCAAAACAUUCUACAAAACGGCCAAAAAGACAAAUUCAUGUUGUACAUUUUUGUAAAAUGCGUCAUCUACACCAUUUUUGAUGACAAAUGUCAGUGUCUUACACCAAUUUCAUGGACCCAUUUUAUUCCAUUUUGUGUAUGUGCUCAAGUAACACUCCAAAACAAAUGAUACAAAGAUGAUAUAAAACAAAAACCUAAAACAACAAUUUAAUUCUAACAAUUACCAAAAUUGCAUGUGUACCGUGUUCAGAUCAAAAAUCGAUUAAUUUGUGCUCUUUUACAACUGAAUAAAACGAAAAAAGAAAUAAACACAUCAAACAUUAUGGAA